CCCCACAGCCUUGGCCAGAACGCGUCUCUGAUUGGCUACGACCAUCGCUCCGAGUCAUUCCCUCCUCGUACGGCCAAUGAACGUCGGUAUAUGUGCUUAGCCGCUUCGUGAUUGGCUGGGGGAGGGUGUUGCUCUUCAGAGCGCCAGAAACGAGCUUUAGCGGGUGAUUCAUACUGGCUUGGCGGCACGACUGAAAUAAGAAGAUUAUUAGUUAUGAUCUUCUGAUUUGGAGAGAAAACAAUAUGUUCAUUUAAGGAGCAAAACGAAGGAUCACCACUUCACAUGAUUCAAUCACGCUUUAAGGAUUUUUUUAUUCCAAGAACGGGAGUUUAAGAUGGAGAUGAAGUGUUUAACACUAAAGGAUUUGAUUAGUGUGAGGACACUAGUGAAUAAGACGGGCUCGGAGGAUACCGGAAACACCAAUGACCGGAAAGAGAACAUCUGCAUGGACAGAAGAAAAAUGACGCCACUGAAGUGUGAGUCUGUGAAUGGACAUAGGAGAGUGUCCAGCCCAGAUAUCACCCACAUGACCCCCAAUAAACACGCAGAGAGGGCCCAUCCGGACCCCUGGACCCCGACAGCCAACCUGAAAAUGCUGAUCAGUGCCGCCAGCCCAGACAUCCGCGACAGAGAGAUGAAGAAAACCCUCUUCAGACCCGUUGAGAAUGAAGAGAAGGCUGUAGAGGAGGAUGAAGAGGAAGAACUCGACGACUCGUGCCAGUAUGAAGCACUAGAUGAUUCUGAGAGGAGACCAAGUCGCAAACAGAAGAGCUUGGGGCUUUUGUGUCAGAAAUUUCUGGCCUUGUACCCUGAUUACCCAGAAACCUCUGAGAGCAUCAAUAUUUCUCUGGAUGAGGUGGCCACACGCUUAGGCGUUGAGAGACGUCGUAUCUACGACAUUGUGAAUGUGCUGGAGUCUCUGAUGCUGGUGAGCAGAAUGGCUAAGAACCUGUACGUGUGGCACGGACGCUCAGGACUGACACAGACCCUGCAGGAUCUCCAUCAGGCGGGACGCGAGCAGGGCUACCAUCUGCAGAUGGACCAGAGACCGUGUGCCGCCCACCACAUGCAAAACUCACACGCGGCCUCCAGCAGACGGAAGGACAAAUCGCUCCGUAUCAUGAGCCAGAAGUUUGUCAUGCUGUUUCUGGUGUCCAAAACACAGACCGUUACCCUCGAUACAGCGGCUAAGAUCCUGAUCGAAGAGGGUCAGGAUGACUCCAGCCACAGCAAGUAUAAAACUAAGGUGCGACGUUUGUACGAUAUCGCUAAUGUCCUGACCAGCCUGAAUCUGAUCAAGAAGCUUCACGUGAGAGAGGAAAAGAGCCGGAAACCCGUCUUCAAAUGGAUUGGACCCGCCGAUUUCCACAGCAGCUGCGAUUCAGACGAUUUGAGAGUCUCAGAAGCUCAGAUUAGCUCCACCGGGGAACGACGGGAGAAGAUGACGCGUCACUCCUCCUUCCAGGUCACUUCUACCCCUUCUGUCAAUCAAAGGCGGAUAAGCUCCGCCCCCAGCACACCUCACAUACCUUCUACAGACGAGCCGGUGGAUUAUUCUAGGAAGAGUGUGAACACUAACGCAGUGUGUCAACUGCAGUUUGGAGACAGUGUUCAGUCCAGUGGACGUCCUGUGGCGUCGUCUCCAGCGGUGUCUCUUCAGACAGAUGUGUCUCAUGCAUCUCUGCCCGUUUCGGCCCAGUUCGCUCCUCACCAGUUAGCGUACCUGCCCGGUCUGCCACAAACACCCCUGAUCAUGGUGUACAGCGGACACGUGCCAGACGCCAUCGGGUCACCCGUCUCAGGCCACCGGGACGGACAUCUGAAGAAGAGAGAGAGACAAGAGGAAGAGAAAGAGGAUCAGACAGCUAAACGAAGCAACCGCUCGGCUUCCAUAGAAAGUGAAAUGGGUGAGAGUGCCAGAAGGUCUUCAGUCUGCUCUGGAGAAGGUUCCCCGUGGGACGAGGCCUCGUUUGGGCCUGUAAAUGAGGAAGAGGCAGGAGCACGCAGCCCUAAAGACCCCCUGCUGUCCUCUCAUUACCUCUAUGUUCCCAACACGGCAGGUCUGAACGGUUUGAACUUCCUCGUGCCAGCGGGACACACACAAGGUGGCGUGCCGGGUGUAGCCAUGCCGUAUUUUUUAGUGCAUUCACCGCUCAUAGCGGGUGCGAUGCCCACCUCCAGCGCUGAGGCUUUGAGUUUCAGCAUGCUGUCACCGGCUCGUUUUGUGAUGCCAGGAGGGGCGUUUGGUGUGAUCAAAACACUGAACAGCACCGAGCAUCAUGGGCACAGAUUACCAGCAGCCACGUUCUCACCAAAGGGACCUCGUGCACAAGAAAGCCCUCGGUCAGCGCAAACACAGACUCCUGUUACACCAAAGGAAGCGGCAGGGUGCUCCAAAUCUUUCUUUGAGACGCCCGGAGCCUUUUGCUCUCUCAGCACCCCCCCGGCGGCACGCAAAAGAGCCUCUGCCCAGAGGAGGCUGGACAUCGGACACACCGCAGCCAAUUAAAUCAGCCAGUUGUCUCAUUACAUUUUCAUGCUUCUGUGGUGCUACAGUGCCAAAGACAGAAACAGCAUUACACCGCAAAACUUGACUGAUGAACAUUUCCUGUUUAGU